AUGAAGAAGGCCUGGGGCUGCUGCGUACAGUGCUCUCAUGGCCGCUGUCCCACAGCAUACCACCCCACCUGUGCCCAGGCAGCGGGAGUCCUCCUACAGCCCGACCACUGGCCCUUUGUCGUCCAUGUCACCUGCUGCCGACACAAAGGUCCCACGCAGAUUGAGCGCAACAAAGCAGCCAUGCGUGAGCUGACAGUGGGACAAAGGGUGAUCUGCAAGCACAAGAACGGCCGUUAUUACCAGUGUGACGUGGUGCAACUCUCCACAGAAACCUUCUAUGAGGUCAACUUUGAUGAUGGCUCCUUCAGUGACAAUCUUUUCCCAGAAGAUAUUGUGAGCCGAGACUGUGUACAACUCGGACCCCCGCCUCAGGGAGACGAGGUUCAGGUGCGCUGGACAGACGGCUUGGUGUACGGGGCCAAGUUUGUGGCAGCUCAUGUCAUCCAAAUGUACCUGGUGGAGUUUGAAGACGGUUCUCAGCUCACAGCCAAGAGAGAUGACGUGUACACUCUCGACGAGGAGCUCCCAAAGAGAGUCAAGUCCAGACUGUCCAAGGCCUCGGACAUGCGCUUUGACGGCAUCUUUGAAGAGAAGGAGAUCAUCCAGGAGUCCAAGAGGCAGAGAGUGAUAAACUCGCGUUACAGAGGGGACUACAUAGAGCCUGUUAUAUACAGAGCCAUUAUGGAGUAG